AACCAGAUCACUUUUCCACCAAACCACCCUUUUCACGAUUUGCAGAGGGGCUAGCUUCUCCAAAUGUCACUGCUACGGGAUCAGAGGCAGACUUAGAUAUCUGCUCGAUACUUUACUUCGAAACGUUGUUUUAUAAGCUAUCAGGACGGAUGAAGACUGAAGGAUCUAUACGGAUUUGGGCACAUAAUGUUGGGAUGGAGUUGGAAGACUUUGGCUCAAGGAAAGACUAGAAUAUAUUCUCCAAACUUUUACCCGGUGGAUGCGCUAGUAUUCUAUCUUGGAUUAUUGUCGCUUUUGCUGAACUCGCACAGUUUCUCUCUUGCUUCGCUCUGUGCUUUGUUUUUUUGUUUGGACUAUGGCCUCGGAUCCCAGAGUCCCAGGGGCCGGUGUUUUUGGAGAUUUACCCCCAAGUUAUACGCGUUCUCCGCCGCAAGUAAACUCAGAUCUUCUCCGGAGACCCAGUUACUGCCACGCUGCUUUCGCAUUAAAACAGAUUUCUAAGGUGACAAAAUGCUUUCAAUGGAAUAUACUUUGCUGUUUCAUUCAUCGUCUGUGAAUGAGUGCUAUGUUUUGGUACUUUUGAGGAAACUGGUGUUACUAACACUCGAAACGAGGAAUAUCUUAGGGAGUUUUAUGUCAAAAUGUGGUACAAUGUGAUAUGCUGACGUUUUGACAUAAUAUUUCGGUGUUACAUUGUAACAUUUACGAAUUACUGGCACGCACUGAUUUUAACCUUCCAGCCCGGAUCCCGCUAUGAAUAAGAAUAACUUUAUCCAUUAAUUUUAGAAGCAAUAGAACUCACAAUAGUUAUUUCUGCGUGUGUGGGAUCUGUUCAACUCUAUUUGUAGGCAGUUACACUCAGGGUCCCCGUUGUAGGCUAGUUUGUUUGAAAAUGCGGUGGGUCUUAGAGGAAUUCAUUGAUUAAGUUUUAUCUGACAAAGCAUCACUGGACCGCAUGAACGCUUGGAUAUGUGUCAAAACUCCUAAGUGAAACCAAAACAUCUGUCAAGUGUCUCUGUACUAGACCGGUGACAUUAUUUGUUAAGUUUGAAUGGGUAUAGUAGACAGUCUUCAGCCAGUGUUUGAAUUUUAAUUUAUAGGAGUGGGGCUUUUUGAUAUAGGAACUACUUAUUGUCAAAUCAUUGCAUAGCCUUUUAGAAGCUAUGUAGCUUGUUAAAGAAAGUAUGGUAGGCUACAUCACUCCUGACUCAAAUGUGUGCAAUCUUGUAAUCUUUCAAAUUCCACUUAAAACUAGGGGUUGCAUUACUGCCCAACAGCAUUAGGUUUCAUCGUUUUUACCAGGAGGUUGUUAGGGCAGCUGGCUUAGCAUUUAAACAUUAAAUAUAGGAGAAAUGUUAGUCCUAGUUCAAAUGCACAGAAGUGUUGUCAAAUAUAUAGCCCCUAGUACACCAUAUAUACUUAUUUAAUCCUAGUUGUUAUUGGUGUAUUAUAUAUGUGUAAUAGGUUACACCAGAACAGUGUAGAUUACUUGAUACCCCAUUUGACAACUAUGCAGUUUAUUUUUGUUAAAUCUGAACCCAUGUAACCAUAGCUGUGAAGUCUUGGGUUUCGAUUCCAUAGCAAAUCCCUAUGCCUCUGGUGAUGAGUGGUAGGCUGACCUGGCUUGUGCCAACUGUGAGGGCCCAUUCCAAUCCAAAGACUGGUCAUUGCUUUACCCUCUUUGGUGUUGGGCCCUCAAUUACCUACUAUCAAUUAGGGUAUCUUCUGGCUGGUUAUAUUCUGAUAUUCACAUGGUCUCUAUAUCUGACAUCGGUUCAGGUGAUCCAGUUCACAUAGAUAUGAUUUGCUUACAGGACAACUGACAUGAAGACAUAUUACUGAAGUAUCUAUCUAAUACAGUAGAUACUGUAAUGUUGAACAUGCCCUUAAGUAUGCCACACUAUCACAAUGAAAGUCAUACUUAAGUUAGCUAUUUUAUUAGCGUUCUCUGACCUAGUAGGUAAUUCUUAGUAAUACUUGAAAGACCACUGUAUUGAUAGUUUAUCUUAUAGUUAGAUACAAUUUAGUCUUCCAUUAGUGAAUACUUGUACUUGUCUAUGCCAUAUCCAUACAGUCGAUGUAUAGCAAUAUGUUGUUAUUAAUGUGUAAUAAAAUUUUAUUCUCUAUCCAUGUUUCUCCUGUCUCUUUAGGGGAAGGCUGUGGGUCAGAAAGCCCCGUUGUGGAUUCGGGCGCGGUUCCAGGCUCUUCUCUUUUCUUUGGGCUGUCACAUCCAGCGACAUUGUGGAAAAGUCCUUUUCAUUGGACUGCUUGUGUUCGGUGCCUUGUCUGUGGGUUUGCGGGUCGCUGCCAUUGAGACGGACAUUGAGCAACUAUGGGUGGAAGGUGAGUCAGGCGUUCAGUUUCGGGGUAUGGUUUGAGGUGUUGUCUGGGAAGGGGAGAGAGAGGGGUAUUAUUUUGUCCAAAUUAACUUGUUGUACACAUUUUGCCAUCUAGGCUACUGGAGGGGGCAUAGGAAACUGUAUGGGUGCUGUUUGACUGACUUGUCGCAUCAGUAUUUUGGGGGGAGGUCCUGCUCUUUAGUUGUUUUGGAGGUGCUGCUCUCUAGUUGUUAUUCAUGGUUGGGUGAUGUUGGUUUUUCUUGAAUUUGACCAUAACUUAGUCAUUUUUGUAAUGAAAGUUAUUUUAAUAUAUUGUAAGCUCUGAACUUUUGUGUGUGUGUUGUUUGCUGAUGGCAAAAUUGCUUUUCAUUGGGAAUGGAGAGUAGUUCAAUAAAUUCCAACUUUAUUGCACACAAGGAGCUAGUAUUCUUGUUCCUUGCACAUGCAAGCCUCUCUUGUUCAUCUCAUCAGCCUUGUAUUGUUUGCCAUGGUGCGUCCAUGUUCCAUUUUUUAUUUGACAUCCUUUCUGUGUGCAGGCUGGGUUAUCUGUGCAUAUUCGGGCAGCUUUAUUUGGUUUUCACACUGCCAAAUUCCUUUUAAGCCCUCUAGGCUUUUGCCGCACUCCUGAUCCCAAGAGCAGAUGGGCUGUGUGAAUCGUUAGCCAUCUUUGAGGCGCUGACCCUCCCCCUAGCUCCCUGUGUGGUCCUUAACUAUUCUUGGAUUCCAUUCAACAAUAAAGGCACCCCCUUUCCUACAAAAAAUAAGUGAAUACAGCUGAAGUUUACCCACCUGUUUUGCACACUCUAAAAGAGUCCCAGCAGUUGUAGUACACUCUUAGAAAAAAAGUGUUCUGCGGCUGUCCCAAUAGGAUAACCCCGUUUGGUUCCAUGUAGAACCCUUUUUGGUUCCAGGUAGAACUCUUUUGGGUUCCAUGGAACCAAAAAGGGUUCUACCUAGAACCAAACGGGUUCUACCUGGAACCAAAAGGGGUUCUUCAAAGGUUUGUCCUAUGGGGACAGCCGAAGAACCCUUUUUGGUUCUAGAUAGCACCUUUUUUUCUAAGAGUGUAUAAACACUCCCUUUAUUCCUUCCCAAAACUGUGGCUGGGAAGGGCUCAGUUGUUGUCAAUGAAAUGGCUGUGGCUGUGUUUGAGUUUUGGUCAAAUUGGUGAAACCAAAGAUUUUCAGAUUUGACUCAUUCACUUGUCAGAUUGUAGUUGAGUGGUCUGAGUCUGACUCACAAACAAGAUGUGAAAUUAUCGCAGUGUAAUUUGUCAUAAUCAUAGUAUUUUGGUCAUGUAUUGGUGUGUAUUUCAUACACAUUAAAGAAGCUAACCGUUGGUCUUCUGAAAGGAGGUUGUUAGAUAGGGUUUGUUGUGCCUAAUCAUGGAGUCAUUCUGAGAGUGAAAUACCCAAAUGCUGAAAAGGAAUGCUGUUCCUUUAAGAGGCAGUGCCCAUGUUUCUAAAGUUUCUGCCUGCGUUGUUUCCCCCAAUAGCCCAUUGACAAAGCUGCUCAGAGCUCAAUGGAGAGUAAGUGGUUUGGUAACAAGGAGAGGUUAGUUCUCACACACACACAGACACACACACAGAAAGAGAGAGAGAAACACAUGCACACAUCGCUCUCUCCCUCUCACACACACUCGCACACAAACACAUGCACACAUAAACUCUUUCACAAAAGGGAGGAGAUAUAUUUCCUAAUAAGACAGAGAAGUUUAUUACUCUCUAAGAAAAUAUGAGAUGAGUGUCUUGAGAACAUACUUUUUUUAUUAGUAGCAGUCAGAUCAGUAUAUUUUUAGUUUGAAGACAGGCAAGUUUACAGCUACUUUAUUCAUCAACAGCUUACAGUUGGGACUCAAACGUUCAAAAUAGCAGGUGUAGCAGGCUUAGUAUUUUCUCAAUACAGAAUGUAAGUCUAUAUGGUCUUCUUGUCAACACAUGCAGAGGUGUAUUCUGACCACAUAUGAAGGAUGAGGGUGCUAAUAUAAGGCCUCAUGGGCUCACACUUGGCCAGCUGUGAAUGCCUGGGAGCAUAUGCUCCCCAUCAUAUAUUCUCAGGCCAUAUCUGUCCCCCACCCCCACCCAAAUGUAAUGUUUGCCACCUAGCUAGUGUAGAUGUCCUGCUGUGUGUGACGUCAGACCACCAGGCUCUUUUUAAUUGUUUCCUCUCACUUACCCUAGCCUACCCUAAACCCUACUCCACCUAGCCUACCCCAUCCCACCCUAGCCUAGUUUGCCCUAUCCUAGCCCAGGAUAAUGUUUUGGAGAGUAUUUGUUUUCUCAACCUAUUGCAAAGCCUCCUGUACACUGUGUCACUACAGCCAUAGCUGGGACUAGCUUGUCUGUUCUGAAUGUUGCUAGGAUAUUGGUGGUAGUUAAACCAGUAGUUGGUGCUAGUCAGAAAAAUAUGGGAGAAGGUGUAGUAGUUAAACACAAGGCACCUGUUGUGAAAGAUGUACAUACUGUAUGUGGUUGUGACAGAUACUAGUUAAACUGUUCUGUCUCUAUGUGGACAAACUCAUUCCACUGGUUGGCUAAUACAGACAGUGCAGAGUGAUAAAACACACUCAAUUCAGCUAAAUACAUUUUUUUUAGUCAUAUGUUGUUUUCUUUUGGACAUUUAUUUUAUGAAGUGUUGCUACUGCAGAAGCAAUACAGAGCAAGAAACAACACAGGAAAAGGGCCUAGCAGUCAUGGUGGGACCAGGGGAGAAUGUGACCUAGAGUGUAUUGUCUAGAGGAAGAAAGGGAGAAUAACAAAGUGGCGAAGUGUAGGGAGAUGAGGAUGGGGGUGGGGGAGCAUUAGGGGUGAAGGUUUUAAGGGUAUACACUUCAACAUUUUCCCAUUCCCUAAAAACAACAGUGUGGCCUCUUUCUCAGGACACAUUUCUUUCAUCAGUUCAAGCAGGACUUAGACGAAAACGUCUAUUUGCUGGGUAGGGAGUUGUUUUUUCUGGAAGUAAUAUAAGUUUAGCUUGCGUUAUUACUAUUGCAACAGUCAUGUAGAUUUCCCAAAGGGUUCUAUAUUUUUGUGUGGGUAAAAUUAUUACCACCAAAGAGCAGCACAAAGUUUUGAAUAGCACAUUUAGAAGGGAAAAUAGAGGUUUACAUGUACUGUACAAGUAUGUACUUGUAGGCUAGCCCACAUUAACUAAACCCAUCCUUCUUGACACAGUUUUGGUGAUCUUGACAGACAUGUACACACAGACAAGCUGUGCAAAUAUUGCAAAGUGCCAGGCCGCCAUAUGUUUUAGAAAGAGACUGUGUAGAAUGGGGGAAAAGAACAUAUACACAGCAUGAAUGACCUACUCCACAUGGCGCGCAGUAGGUACCUUCGCGAGCCCUAGCAGCACAAGCGAGGCCGUUCGGGGGGGGGGGGGGGACACAUGUGGACGUUUCAGUGUUUGGAACAGUUAUCUAAACAAAAAUGCAAGGUAAAUGCUAUAAUUCAUCAGAAAAUACAGUCUUCCAGUUCAGGGCCUGCUAAAAGAGAAAGAAAGCUCUAUGAGGCAUUAUUGGAGGUAAAUGGAAAGCCACAGUGCCCCAGCUAGAUAAAUAAACUCCAACUGCUGAGCAUCAGACCUCACCAGUAGAGAGAACAAACAAGGCCAGAGUCAACCUGGGUCAGUUGAAAAUGUUUAUUUCAACCCCCCAAUCCUCUCCCUCCCUCCCUCCCUUCACCCCCCAAUCCUCUCCCUCCCUCCCUUCACCCCCCAACCCUCUCCCACCACUCUGCAGUCCUCCAGCCUUAGCCCUCUCCUCAAGGAGCAGACACAUGAGCUGAAUACUAAACUUCACCAGAUCCCUCCAUUACUGAAGUCGCCAUUAACCGUCCACUGUGGACUGAAUUAAUACACUGUGCUAAUAUUCUUUUUGGAUAUUUACGGUAUUAAAGCAGUGACUCAUAUAGUGGUGUACGUUUUCACGUUAUGUAGUGUUUAGUAUUCCAAGGUAUAUAAUAGAGACAAGAUUUUAUGGGACAUGGCUUUUUUACAUUUACAGUAGUGCAUUACAUUUCAGCAUUGUAUGUAACCGUAGACCUGUUUAGCAUCCUGUAUUGGAUGUUGCUUGAAAGUCACUGUAGACACUGGGCCACUUUUUGGGAGUGCUGAAGGACUAUCUCUGUUAAAGGAAGCACUGUCUCACACAUCUCCUUUACAGUCUCUGUGUUUCAUGCACUUUGACAGUUUUUAUAUCAUGCCAAAAGAGAUUGUCCUCCUUGGUCCACUUUAAAUACAGUGACACCAGUCACCAUUUUGGGUAGAGUUUGCCUAUUUUCCUCUCUUACACCAUUUGCCCCCUCUGGAAAAAAUUAAAAUUUCUUAGUACUUGGGGGAAAAUAAAUGGUUCUUGGGCUCAAUAAAUUCAUUUCUAGGCUGAAUGAGACCAGCAAUGUGGAAAUUUUUUGCCUUUCACCGUUGGAUGAAUGUAUGUUUCAACCACACAUUAAGCUGCAUUAGCAGCCAGUGGAGUGCCUAAUGCAUUAGCAGCCAGUGGAGUGCCUAAUGUGACUAUUUUUCACAGCAGCCAACACUAGGGAUGAUUAGCAUAAUUAGUACAGGCAAGGCUAUACAUAUGGAAAUUGCAAGUGCCUAACUGCCAACACCAGUGGAAAUGUAUGUCAAUGCUGACAGAAGUAUCAAGAUCUGAAUAGAUUGUAACUGAAGCUGAUUAUUUUUGCCUUUUACUUUUGAUGGCAUUUUUACAGUUUUCCCUCUCAAAUUGAACUUCAUUUGACAUCCUCUCACUUUUUUUUGAAGGAAUACCUCAAAAUGUCCUUUUCCCACCCUGUCCAAUUCACACACUCUCCCCCCCAAACCCGGACACACAGACAGACAGUAUUUCUAUAGGUAAGGUAGAAAGCCAAGCCCCCUACUCCUGCAUUGUUUUAUUUGCUGGGAAAAAGUCUUGGUCCAUUUGCUUUUGUUGUGAAAUUUCUCUCUUUAUUUUUUCCUGUUUGCUGGGAAACAUCUGAAAGAAAUUCAGGAGGGGAAUGACAAAAGCCUGUAUUCAAUUUCUUCUGCCCAGACUGGAUUUUCUCUGUAUAAGGACCUUCUCCAUCUGCUAAGUAACACAUUGGACUGGGAUGGGGAGGUGCUGGUGCUGGUGCACUUGGUAAAGGAUGGCCUAUUGAAAAUGGCAGUAGAACUGAAGCUUGAUUUCAAUAAUGACUUGUUUCGCUAUGCCAGCCAGGGCCAAAUCUAUCCCUCUGGUUUUAUAGUGCAUGCUUUUAAAAAAACAUUUAAAUGGAUAACAAAGUGUGGGGAAUGGGCAAGAUGAGGGACUGACAGUCCAGUCCAGCAAAGUCUAUUUUCUAUGUGAGUGUAUAAGUGAGGGAGUGGGUGAGUGGCGAGGCUAUGGGUGCAUUUGAGUUUGUGCAUUUGUGAAUUUGUAUACUAUAAUCUGUGCUACAGUACAGGUAAAGCAUGGUAAAGCAUGUCUCUUUCAGCAUGUCUCUUCCUUGUGGGACUUCCUCCAAAGCAGCAUGGGUCCUUUCAGUGGCUACAUAAUCCAGCUAAUCUGGCCCACAACACUUUGAAGGUGGUCUCUGCUAAUGGAGACUGGAUUUGGACCUAGAGCUAACAUGUGAAUGGUGCUGCUGCUGGCUCAAUCCUAUUAGUUAAUUGUUUCAACAGUUGUGUUUUAGUGAUGGCGCCUAACAGCCUCUGAGCCAAGCUGGAGAUGUAGCUAGGCUACUUGUGUUGGACUUCUUCCACAUUUGAUUGGAUACAUUGUGCUGUCUGUGACCAACACUUUUGGAAGAUACUGUUUGAGUUUGAUGGCAACCGUUUACAAUCACUGUGCAGUAGUAUAGGCAGACAACACAGCAUACAGGCAGACAUGGAGAGGAAAUUCAUUGAUAUAAUACAGUAUGUACAGUAAGCCCCGUGUAGCUCAGUUGGUAGAGCAUGGCGCUUGCAACGCCAGGGUUGUGGGUUCGAUUCCCACGGGGGGCCAGUAUGAAAAUGUAUGCACUCACUAACUGUAAGUCGCUCUGGAUAAGAGCGUCUGCUAAAUGACUAACAUUUUUAAAAAAUGUAUGGCAGCGGAUCCCAAACUUUUCCUUUCCGGAAAUCGCAGAUUUUCUUUUAAUAUAAAAUAUUUUGGUGGUAAAAUUUAGUCAAUUUUAGCAGUGAAUGUAACAAAUUAAAGGCCUAUUAUUAUUAUUAUAAACAUUUAGCGUUGUGAAAAGUUAUGUUAAAUUGCUUAUAAUACCAUUAAUACUCCCACCUGUUAUUCAUUUAGGAUGUAUUUUUUGCUUUUUUAUGUGCGGACCACCUGCAGUACCCCCGCGGACCACCAAUGGUCCUCGGACCACAGGUUGGGAACCACUGCAGUAUGGUACUGGUGUCUCCUGUGGUCUCCUGAGGUCUGUGGGGCUGGGCUAGGCUGGGUGGUGGUGUGCUGGACAUGAGGGAGAUUAGAGCUGACAGGGUCCAACAGUGGUCUGACACCAAGGAGGAGGGGCCUCCAUCUCCUUGGUUAAUUACAUGCCACUUUCUAUACUGCCCACUGAGAUGGGAGCUAGCACUCGCACAUACACACACAUGCACGCACGCAUGUGCACACACACCCACACCAGCCUGAUAGGCCUGCCUGGCCCUGUGUCCGGGCUCUGGGUGGGAGGCCUUCCUCCUGAUACCUGCUACCAUUGUCUGUCUGUCUCUCUGGCCUGCCCCAGCCUAGUCCCACUGAGAAGAGGUGAGAACCCCAUCUGGAUGGAGAUUAGCUUUAUCUUUACAUAGGAAUGGCUAUGGUAGGCAGUCCUCACUCCAAAAUGUCUAUGCUAUAAAAAGGGUUGAUUGAUGGAUCGUAUCCCUGCAUAUGCUUAGAAGAUGAGAUGGACCAUAAUUGUGGAUAAUUGGGCUGUAUGGGGAUGUCACCUCCGGGGGUUGAUGUGAAAAAUGGAAGAGAGGGAAAACAAAUGGAGGUGCUUUGUUUGGAACGCAGCAUCUUGAGUGGCUUUGUGAAGAAGUAUGAGCUCCCUGAUCUCUUCCACCAUGUUACGUUGAUAUGAUUUACUGUUAUCUUAUUUCCCCAUCCAAUAUGGGAUUGUUGAAGGACACUGAUAACUACGUCUUAAGUUUUGACAUUCUCUUCAUGAAAAAUGAUUUGGACCUAAUGCUUCACAUGACCCUUCACAUGUGAUUUCACUCCACUUUUAAUGUCAAUACAUCAGAGGUUCACAGGCCCCAAAAUCCAUACACUUCUUUCUAACUUUUCUGACUGCCUGGUGAGAAGUAUUUGGGCGCCUGUCUCUUUAAGGGCUGUUGGUUGCAGGCAGAGCGGAUAGGAGCAGAGCGGAGUGCCUCCAUCUGGUGAGUGGCGGAGCUCUCUCUCUCGGAGCAGAACAUUGACUGAGUGGCGAGGCCGGGGCCCAGCCGGGGCUCUAGUUGGGUGGUCCAGAUGGGCGGAACGAGACACAAAUAGCUAUAAUUUAGUUCAGGAGCCCUGUAAUUACAGGCCCAAAGAUUGAAACUCAGUUCCUGUAGAUGCCCCAAUGCAUUGAAUAUGAGCACAAUGUCUCAAGUGAAACAAGAGUGUCUGUUCUUAAGCGUGUUUUGAUUUUAAUCAGUGUUCGAGAACAAGUUAGCAGGUACUGGUGUGUAUGUAACCUGGGUGUUUUCGGUUGUUGUUCAUUGGAUAGAAUGGUUUGUUAAUGAGUGGAACAAAGGCUGAAUUCAAAAGUGAUUGGCUUCACGAACAUAAAGCACUUAUGAUUAUGUGGUGCAUAGGCACAUUCUGUAUUAUCACAAAUAACAUUAGCCUACCUUCGUUUAUGAAUUCACAAAGUCAAAGUAGUCUAUGAAGGCUAGAAGAAAGCCCUGAAAGAUUUUCCAACCCAGUUAAAACCUGAUCUUACACUUCGAGAGUCGGGGAGAGGAUAGUUUUUUCUUCUCCCUCAAUUAGAGGAGCUGGGUCUGGAUUGGGUAAGGUGGUGCCAGGAAGACAGAGAGAGGAAUAGAGGGAGAGGGGAGAGAGAGGGAAAGAGUGGAAGAGGGAGCCAGGGAGAGAAGCAGAGAGGGAGAGAGCGAGAGCAAUGUGAGUGAGAGAGAGGGAGAGAAGCAGAGAACGAGAGCAAUGUGAGUGAGAGAGAGGGAGAGAAGCAGAGAGGCGAGGUGGCUACAGCGAGAGCCAGCCUCUGCAGGAUUGUCUUGUAGUGGAACACGGAGGGGCAGACGGGCCCACUCUGACCCAGAGCGGUGUGUUUCAUGUGCCCUUGGCAUGGCCACAGAUACCCUGCUCACUCUUUUCAGGGCAGCCUCUGGUAAUUAGGGGGCUGGACUCCAGAGUUUCCUCUCAGGGCUUUGAUUCUUUCAUCCCGGCUCUGCAUACCACAUCAACAGCAUUUCUGCCUCGUUGUUCGCUCCCAUCCAACCCUGGCACCACCUUUCUCUCUCUCUCUCUCUCUACUAGUGUCUCCCUCUCCUUCUCUGAUGGGUUAGUUCUGGUAUGGUGAAAGUCUGUUGUAAAAAAUCGAUGGUAUGUUGUGCCUUCGUUUUGUACUGAAACAGUCUGUCUAGGCUAAAGGCUGUGUUUUUGACUGUUGUCAGUUUCUUACAUGAUCAGGCCCCAGGUGAAACAGACUGUGAAACUGGGGAUGGUGGUGCUGCCAUUCCGUGUCGUGUUGUUAGUGAUGGGGUUUUGGUUUUGGGCACCAGGGCACAGUGAGGAGGAUUUCCCAACAGGACACAUCUGUUUCACAGAGGGAGCCAAUGAGAAGCUUUGACUAAUUUCUCUUGGCUAGACGUUUUGUGUCUGAAGUGCCUUCAAAACCAACACUGGCAAGGGCGUUGGCCGAUCUGUGUUCAUGUGUAUGUGCAGUGCAUAUGUUUGUACUAUACUCACACCACACUCGUUUCAAUACAGGGAUCCGACUCGGAACCUGUGUGUGUUUGUGUGUCCGCAAUGGUUGUUGCACUAGUGUGAUUAUAAUAUGAGCUUUGCAUAGUCAUAUUCAGCAGAUUUCUGUCCCUAUAUAUCUCGGUCCCCCCCCCCCAACCCUCUCUCUUUCUGCUGUGGGUCUCUGUAUCCUUUGGACCUGUGCCAAGGACUCUGGUUUGAACUACACAGCUAUUUAGAAUCUAAGUCUUGGGGAGUCGGAGGAGAGGUGGAUAGAAAUGUGAAAAUUAGAAAAGCAGUUACUUUUUUUCCAAUACCCUGGUUGCUAUUAAAUUAAAGCUUCAUAUCUAUCCCCAAAGCCCCCAGAACUGUACAAUCUGUGGACCUUUCUGUGCUUCAUUCACUCUGUUGAUUGACGUUUCAACUUGUGUCAUGCUUCCUCUGCAGUGGUAAUGAGGGUCAGUUGUCUUGACAAAUCGCAGCACAACUAACAUAAAUAACCCGAUAGCUCUUAUAAAUGUGGGAGAUGAGAUGAGUCUUUAACCCAAUCCCCCCCUCUCCAUCUCUCUUCUUCUUCUCUCUUGUAGCAGGUAGCCGAGUGAGUCGGGAGCUGCGCUACACCAAGGAGAAGCAGGGAGAGGAGUCUGUGUUCACGUCGCAGAUGCUCAUACAAACCCCCAAACAGGAAGGAACUAACAUUCUGACCCAGGAUGCUUUGCUGCUUCACCUGGAGGCAGCGCUCUCGGCCAGCAAGGUCCAGGUGUCUCUGUUUGGAAAGUAAGUAGACCCAUGGGUCACUGGGGAUUCCGUUACAGCUAAAGAAAAGAGGUUGUCUGUGGUCACAUAUAUCUAACAUUCUGUAUGUCUUCUCUCCUCAGAUCAUGGGACCUUAAUAAAAUCUGCUACAAAUCUGGAGUCCCUAUCAUAGAAAAUGUAAUGAUUGAAAGGGUAAAUUGAAAACAUUUAAUAAUCCUCCCUGUUAUUUUGGUCCAUUGCUAUCACCAUGCAUGUUUUUGGUUAUGGAUCUGUAUUAUGUACUUUUGAUAGUGGAUAAUAACUGAUGAAUGUAUCCAUGUUUUGCAGAUGAUUGACAAGCUGUUCCCCUGUAUGAUUGUUACCCCACUGGACUGUUUCUGGGAAGGUGCAAAGCUCCAGGGGGGGUCAGCAUACUUACCGUAAGUUCCAUAAUAUUUGUUCUUCAAAUGGUGGAAAUUAUUUUCUUCCAUAUUACUUGGAAAUACAGAAUGUGUUUUAGUGUUUACACGAGUCAGCUAUCUUGAAUCCCAGUAUUAGAGUUACAUUAGGACCCAUGCCCAGCUAGCUUGGCCCCUUUCACCUUAUUCAUACCUUGGGUUUGGCAGGGGCCAGGGAAUGUGGCUUGGCUACAAAAUAUCAAUUGACCUCCUGGUUCUCACACACUCUUCUUAACAAGAGGCUUUAGUUUGGAUCCAAUACAGUGGCAGCAGUAAUAACCUACAAUGGUGGCAGUAAUAACCUAACAUCAAGCUGUGACUAAAGAGCCGGUUAGCCCUGUUGUUAGGAAGAGGCCUACUUCAGUUGUCACCUAUGCUUCUCCUGUCGUCGUAGCUGUGAGGGGGCUAACACACACACACAGUCCCCCAGCCAAGCAGGGGAAGGCCCUCAUGGAAAGGGGACAGGGAGAGGGAGGAGAUGGCUGCUACUGGGUGGGUUGGUAAAGGGGGGCAGAGGAGCCUUUGGGUCAGACAAUGGUAAGCAUUCUUUCAGUUUACGAGUGAGUGUCCAUCAGUGAGGGGGCCCUGGAGGGGGGCUCAGCUUUGUCAGCAACGAGUAACACUGUGCAUUCUCAUGGUAAUCGCCUGGGCUCCGAGCUGUAAGUUGUCCAACAAAUAAAAUGGGCAUUAUGCAAGUCUUGGUCCCCAAAGAGCGUACAAGAAAUGAACAGUGGAGUUUGGUUAUUUUAAGAUGCUUUUUACCAUAUUCCUUGCUAUUUUUUUCCUAAAAGUAAAGUAUCACACUCUAAAUGUAUAUUUAUUUAUACUUAUUUUUUUCACUUUCCGCAUAUCAAACAUAUUGAUUAUAAAUUCAAGUAAAAUCAAUAGUUCAAUUUCAGUUUUUGCAGCCACAGGCGAACAACAAACAGUGUUUUCUUCUUUCACCCGGCAGGGAGCUCUCUCUCUCUCUCUCUCUCUCUCACUCUUUGUCUCUCUCUCUCUGUCUCUGUCUCUCUCUCUCUCAAUUCAAUUCUAAGGGCUUUAUUGGCAUGGGAAACAUAUGUUUACAUUGCCAAAGCAAGUGAAAUAGAUAAUAAACAAAAGUGAAAUAGAAAUUAACUAAACAUUACACUCACAAAAGUUUCAAAAGAAUAGAGACAUACAGUACAUUAUGGCUAUGUACAGUAUUGUAACAAUAUGCACAUAGUUGAAGUACAAAAGGGAAAUUAAAUAAACAUAAAUAUGGGUUGUAGUUACUUCUCCUCAUGUAGUGUGAGAGCAGAGGGGGGAAGGGCCUUUGAAGAUCACAGAUCCACAAGUAUUCCCCUAAAUCACAGUGUUGAAAUAUUUUCUUUAAAAAUGUCUGUGUUGUUAUUUAUUUGCCGUUUCUUUUUGCUGCGCUGAAGAGAGCUGGGGGUGGCCUGGCCACUGAGGCUAAUGUCCCCUCUAGCUUCCGCUUCAGUUCAGCCGAGUUUUUUAAUGCAAAAAGAGGGAGAGAGAGAAAAACUUGCGAGAACAAAGAGCAGCAAUCUAUGGAAAAACAAAAGGCCUAGGCCGGUUCACUCAAGCAAAAAAUAGCAGAUAAAGGAGCCUCUCUUUGCAAGCAGGAGCAAAGGCGCUUGGUAUGUGGGAAUGGGAGAGUAGCAGCUUUAUUUGAAGCCACUCUCUUCAUGAAUCAUUGGAGUGAGGUUGGGCCCAGAGUUAGGACACUUUGGGGAUUCUUUUUUCUCUCUCUCUACUAACUAAAGUAAAUGGCCUCAAAGUUUCUAGAAUCGUUUUACAUUUUUUUUUUUUUACAGCAUUUACUUUUUAUAUGAUUGGUACAGCAUUAUGUUAUGACUUGUAAUGGUCUGAGUUCUUGUUUUUUGUAGAUUUUUUAAUUUGUUGUUAGUUUGAUUAUUGGAUUUUUUGGAGGUGUGAGAAUGUAAAAUAAGAAUAAAAUAAUACAAUCGACCAAGUGUGUUAUAUAUAUAUAUAUAUAUAUAUAUAUAUAUAUAUAUAUAUGGUACAAUUUUAACACAGGAAGGAGGGAAAAGUAAAAAAGGUUUUGUGAUUGUCAAAAACACCUGGCUGCUCCAGGAAACUGAGACAUUACGACCUUCCAGAACCAAGGCCAUUUCUGGUUGUGUGGUGCAUUAUGGGUAAUGUUGUAGAAUACAGAUGUCACAAGGACAAUCCUGUAAAGCAGAGGCUGCUUCCUCUUGACAAGUACUCUCUUUGGAAGCCACUGAGUUAGCGCACUGUACAAAGUUGACUUGGUACAGCCAAAGCUGUCAACUGACACCAAAGCAUUAUCCCUCAGGCCACAUAAUUGCCUGCUCUUUGGAGAAAAUUAUAAAUGUAGCAUGGAGGAGGACCCAGAGGCAGCAGCAGCAGUGAAAAGCCUCAGGAUUAGGCAUUUUGAAAGAACAUCACACCACUAAACAGCGUGAGAGGCAGGCAGGCAAUCAGCCCAACAGAGAGAGCACACAGACAGACUCCCUGCUCGCCUCCCUGCUCAGCUCACCCACCAGCCAGCCAGCCCUCUCACUGCUCCACCGCAGCCUUAUCAAGAGGUUUGAGAAGCAGAGGUAAUUGUUAUGACUCGAUGCACAAAGUUAAGAAAUAGGCGCGAGCAGCCUGCCGGCGUGUUUUUCCCUCUGCAUUGUGGCCCCGUGUAACAGGAUAAUAAACGCUACUUUAUAAACGCAGUAUCUGCAGCUCCUCACCACCAGAGAGAGCCCAGCAGAGGCAGGGCAAGACAAGAACCAGUCAAUAGCAUACAGGAAGGGAGAUGGGGAGGUGUAGGAAUGGUGGCAUGGGAGGAGGAAAGGACAGGAAAAGGGAGGAGCAGAAGGUACUGCAGGUACCGCCCUAACAGAUCCACAGAUGAUGCAAUCUCUAUUGCACUCCACACUGCCCUUUCCCACCUGGACAAGAGGAACACCUACGUGAGAAUGCUAUUCAUUGACUACAGCUCAGCAUUCAACACCAUAGUGCCCUCAAAGCUCAUCACUAAGCUAAGGAUCCUGGGACUAAACACCUCCCUCUGCAACUGGAUCCUGGACUUCCUGACGGGCCACCCCCAGGUGGUAAGGGUAGGUAACAACACAUCUACCACACUGAUCCUCAACACGGGGGCCCCUCAGGGGUGCGUGCUCAGUCCCCUCCUGUACUCCCUGUUCACCCAUGACUGCAUGGCCAGGCACGACUCCAACACCAUCAUUAAGUUUGCCGACGAAACAACAGUGGUAGGCCUGAUCACCGACAAUGAUGAGACAGCCUAUAGGGAGGAGGUCAGAGACCUGGCCGUGUGGUGCCAGGAUAACAACCUCUCCCUCAACGUGACCAAGACAAAGGAGAUGAUUGUGGACUACAGGAAAAAAAAGGGGACUGAGCACGCCCCCAUUCUCAUCGACGGGGCUGUAGUGGAACAGGUUGAGAGCUUCAAGUUCCUUGGUGUUCACAUGACCAACAAACUAUCAUGGUCCAAACACACCAAGACAGUUGUGAAGAGGGCACGACAAAGCCUAUUCCCCCUCAGGAGACUGAAAAGAUUUGGCAUGGGUCCUCAGAUCCUCAAAAAAUUCUACAGCUGCACCAUCGAGAGCAUCCUGACUGGUUGCAUCACCCCCUGGUAUGGCAACUGCUUGGCCUCCGACCGCAAGGCACUACAGAGGGUAGUGCGUACGGCCCAGUACAACUCUGGGGCCAAGCUUCCUGCCAUCCAGGACCUCUAUACCAGGCGGUGUCAGAGGAAGGCCCUCAAAAUUGUCAAAGACUCCAGCCACCCUAGUCAUAGACUGUUCUCUCUGCUACCGCACGGCAAGCGGUACCGGAGUGCCAAGUCUAGGUCCAAAAGACCUCAACAACUUCUACCCCCAAGCCAUAAGACUCCUGAACAGCUAAUCAUGGCUACCCAAACUAUUUGCACUGCCCCCCCACCCCAUCUUUUUAAUUAUUUAUGCAUAGUCACUUUAACUCUACCCACAUGUACAUAUUACCUCAACUACCUCAACUAGCCGGUGCCCCCGCACAUUGACUCUGCACCGGUAACCCCCUGUAUAUAUAGCCUCCCUACUGUUAUUUUAUUUUACUUCUGCUCUUUUUCUCAACACUUUUUUGUUGUUUUAUUUUACUUUUUUUAUUUAAAAAUAAAUGCAUUGUUGGUUAAGGGCUGUAAGUAAGCAUUUCACUGUAAGUCUACACCUGUUGUAUUCAGCGCAUGUGGCCAAUACAAUUUGAUUUGAUUUGAUUUGAAAGAGCACAGCUGAACUGGACUUAAUAGGAUUGUAUAUAAAGUGACGUAGUUUGCUAUGGCCACGGCAUCGCUCUACUGUGCCCUGCGACUCCCUCUGAGCCUGUAUGUUGUUCUGUUCCUCUACAGGGGGAUGCCUGACAUCCAGUGGAUGAACCUGGACCCUCUGAAGCUGAUGGAGGAGCUCAGCCAGUUCACCAGUCUGGAGGGCUUCAGGGAGAUGCUGGACAAGGCCCAGGUGGGCCACGCCUACAUGAACCGCCCCUGCCUGGACCCCAACGACUCCGACUGCCCCCUCAGCGCCCCCAACAAGGACUUGAGAGAGGUAGGCUGGUUCCACACCCCCCCCCCCCCCCUCUCUCUCUCUCUCUGUCUCUCCUUUUAAAGAGGAGGGUAUUUUUCUGAGCCCGAUGUGCCUGGUUGUUAAAUAAGCUAACUGUUAGAUCUGCCUGUCUGUGUCCCUCCCUCCACAGAGUCCUGACAUUGCUGGGCGUCUCCAAGGCGGUUGCCACGGCUUCUCCAAAAAGUUCAUGCACUGGCAGGAGGAGCUGAUCCUGGGCGGUCGGGUCAAGGACACCCAGAAUGCUUUGCAGAGGUGAGAGCGGGAGGGGGUGUACACCGGGGCCAGGGGGAGAUUGAGGGCGAGUGAAGGGAGUGAAGCGAGGGUAGUGAGGGCCUAGCUAGCAGUGAGGAAUCCCUCUGACUCCUAAUAACCUCACACAUCUGAGGAAUGCCUCACAUGAAGCAGGAUCAGUUUCCUCCUCUGACCCCUGCGUAGGAUAGACCAAUUAAACAUGAUGGACAGCCACAUAAAAUAAGGACAGAUUUGUUGUGGAGAAGAGUGGGAUUAAGGUAGCCUGUCCCUUUAAGUCAGAGAAAGGAAAGGGGGACACCAACAAUAAUUCACAACACGGGUGUACUAGGACACAUUUCCAAUGCUAAGGAUUUGUAAAACAUCUUGAUAUACUGCCGUAUGUGUGUGAUACACGAUUCUUGGGCUCUUUUAAGUAUUCUGAAUCAUUUCUUUCAUUUCAAUUUAAUUUAAAACCACAGCACAAAUAUGAAUGGAGAGACAGUGUGGGGCCACAACCCUGGCAAAUCUGGAGGGAAGGGAUACAGUCCUUUAAAGCCACAGACUUUAUUCCAUGAUAUGAUUUACGAUAAUCUCAUUCACAUUUUUACCCCACAUUGGUGCCAAGUCGCCUUCAGGGCCAUCUGUGCUCACUGUGGGAAGGCAGCAGGACACCUGCUUUCACCCGUUCAGGCGUUAGAGCCUGAGAACACUAGCCAACAGCUGACUUCUCCACCCUUUUCUCCACUUACACUGUAUACAACCACCUUUUGGUUUGUAUGCCACAGAUCAGAGAAUGUAAUAUCUAUGACAGCCAAGACAGGAGUCUCUUGACAAGAGAACGCCUAAGGUUCCUCUGUAGUAUUUGGGGGGUCUUGAAUGGGGGGAACAUGACUCCUGUGUGUGGCCUGAGCUCACAUGGCUGCAGACGUCUGACUGUGUCUCUCUCUCUCUGUCUCCUGCAGUGCGGAGGCACUCCAGACCAUGUUUCUCCUGAUGAGCCCCAAGCAGCUCUACGAGCACUUUAAGGAUGACUAUGAGAUCCAUGACAUCAACUGGAACGAGGACAAGGCCACCGCCAUCCUGGAGUCCUGGCAGAGGAAGUUUGUGGAGGUAUGUAUGGGUCAAAAGUAGUGCACUAAGUAAGAGCACUAUACCUGGUCAAUAGUAGUGGACUGAAUAGGGCAUAGGGUGCCAUUUGGGACGGAGCCUAUGUUUCUGGCCCCUAGCUCCCCCACCUAUGCCACCUGCACCUUUCACCAACCUGUCUCGACCCAUUUGAGUAAUAUGCCGGCAAACAAGAAAUCAUAGAGCGUACUUUAGGUUGGCCUCAGGUUGGCUUGUUUUUCCCUUACCCUUUUAAGUAUGAGUCAUCCAGUUUACCUGCCACAUGCGUAGAGGAGGGGCUUUGGCCCAGGGACUGCAACGUCUGCCUGAAUUCCAUCAAUCCUCAGCUGCCUAGUAAACGGAGUCCUCCAAGGAGGCCACUGACAGACUCCCAGUUAUAGGAACAAGCUGUUUUUGUGAUAGCUGACACCCAGCAUGCUGACUGAAUGGCUGGGGGGUCAUGCCUCCAGCAAUACCCGCUCACAGGAGAGGGAGAAAGAGGGAGAGGAGAGAGGGAGAGGAGAGAGAGAGGGAUUGGGAGACGAGGAGAGGGGGAUGGUCACUGUAAAAACAAAGUGCAGGGUGUUGGGUUCCCCUAAGGUUGUCGGCCAUUCAUGGUGCUGAUGGAGUAGCUUGAGAGAUCAUGUGAUCUCAUUUGAUCCCCCUGACCCUUGCUCUCUGGCAUCUGUGGUCAUUAUUUCUCAGUUGUCAAGCUUCGUAGGUGCUCACCCAUAUAUUGUUUGUGUGUUGUUGGUUCAAAAUAUGAAGUCAUCUUUGAAGAAUACACUGUUUGUAUGGGAGAAGAAUGUCAGGAGAGGAAUUUAAGUGUUAACUGACAUGACCUCAGGAGCCGCAACACAAACUAGGUCACUACUACUGGCUUAUAUAAUAUAUGUUUUUUAAAUAAACUGUACAUUCUCUUAUUGACCCCUUACCUGUAUUUUAAAUAAAGUUAUUUGAUUUUCCCCCCAGGUGGCUCAUGGCAGUAUCCCCCAGAACUCCACUUCAGAGAUCCACGCCUUCUCCACCACCACCCUCAACGACAUCAUGAAGUCCUUCUCUGAUGUCAGUGUCAUCCGGGUGGCUGGAGGCUACCUGCUCAUGGUAAGUAGUAGUAACCUACUCUCGCUACUGUAGAUUCAUCAUAGAAUAGCGGUGGUUCUAUACUGAUGCCUUUUCACCUGUGCUGAGUUCAAAGUUCAAACUCUCACCCUCUCUCUUCUCUCCCGUCCUAAUCUAGCUGGCCUACGCCUGUGUGACCAUGCUCCGUUGGGACUGUGCCAAGUCUCAGGGGGCUGUGGGGCUGGCUGGUGUGCUCCUGGUAGCUCUGUCUGUGGCAGCUGGCCUGGGGCUGUGCUCUCUGCUGGGCCUGUCCUUUAACGCUGCCACCACACAGGUUCUCCCCUUCCUGGCUCUGGGGAUCGGUGUGGAUGACAUGUUCCUUCUGGCCCACUCCUUCACUGAGACUGGCAUCAACAUCCCCUUUAAGGUAAGCUAGCUACCUCCCCUCCCCAAGCCCCCUAGUUCAAUCACCUGUAGAUCCACUGUAACCUUGUACUUAGUCUCUGUCCCAAAAGAGAGACACCCUAUUCCCUAUAUAGUGUACUACUUUUGACCAGCCAGGGCUCUGGUCAAAAGUAGUGCAGUGUACAGGGAAUAGGGUGCCAUCUGGGAUGCAUGCUUAGUUAUAUUAGUUAGAACGACAACAGUUACUUAUAUUCUCUUGCUUGUCUGGUAUUAACUGUUGGCUGUGUUUUGUCCCUGCAGGAGAGGACAGGGGACUGCCUGAGGAGGACUGGCACCAGCGUGGCACUCACCUCCAUCAACAACAUGAUUGCCUUCUUCAUGGCAGCCCUGGUCCCCAUCCCAGCACUGCGCGCCUUCUCUCUGCAGGUACCAGACUGUGCUGUAUGCCCCACUGUGUUUACACUGCCUAGCUCUGCCAUGGAACCAGGAGUGCCAGGCACACACACCGAGGGAAACACACACACACCAAGAAAAGUGGGCCGCAGGCCUCUGCCACAAAGAGAAAGAAAAACUUUAUCUUCCUCUUUUUAUUGCUCACUGCACCUACAGUUCUCUCUCUUCUCUCUCUCUCUCUCUCUCUCUCUCGCUCUCUCUCUCUCAGGUGGGGAGGGCAGGGGGGAAAUAAUCAGAGGAGGAGUGGAUCAGUAUAUCACUGGGCCGUCAGCCUCUGGCUCUGUGAUCUGCCCGCCUCCCCCUGGGUGGUCCGUGGUUCCUUGAAACCAUACCGACUAUAAUGUCAGCCCCAGGGCGGUAGAGUAGGGAGGUAGGAGGGGUCCUGCACAGACUAGCAGAGAGCAGCAGCAGCCUUGCGAGUCCCCCUUUCCUUUCCCUCAGUUCCCUGGCUUGUUGACUAUUUUCGCUGGUGAUUUAGGGAGCACUUUUAUUCUCUUUCUGGGACUGAAUCCGAGGCACUAAAACAGCAAGGGAGCUUGAAUGUAGAGCCCUUUUUUGUUGAGCUCAAGGCGGCAGCUGUGGAGUCUGGUGGCGGCGUGGAGCGAUGUCAUGAACAGGGUUGACCCCUCUCCUAAACAGUAUUUCUCUCUCUCCUUCCUUUCUCCCCCUCCUUCCCCCUCUCUUUCUAUCUCUCUCCCUAGGCGGCCAUUAUUGUGGUGUUCAACUUCGCCAUGGUGCUUCUCAUCUUCCCGGCCAUCCUGAGUUUGGACCUGCACCGUCGGGAGGAUAAGCGUCUGGACAUCCUGUGUUGUUUCUACAGCCCCUGCUCCUCCCGGGUCAUCCAAAUCCAACCCCAGGAGUUCUCCGAUGCCAACGACAACACCACCCACAGUCAUGCGCCUGGCGCCCAGACUACUACGAGCUACACCGGCUCCACCAUCACCACCAGUACCCAGAUCACUACCACCGUCCAGGCCUUCACCCAGUGUGACGCGGCGGGCCAGCACAUAGUCACCAUCCUGCCCCCCACCUCCCAGAUCUCCACCAGCCCUCCCUCUGUGGUGGUGGCCUCUUCCCCCACCGACCCCUACGGCUCCCAGCUUUUCACCCCCUCCAGCUCCACCCGGGAUCUCCUGGCCCAGAUGGACGAGUCCAAGGAGGCCAGGGAGUGUGUUCCUCUCCCCUUCUUCCGCUGGAACCUGUCAAGCUUCGCCCGGGACAAGUACGCUCCUCUCCUCCUAAAGCCAGAGAGCAAGGUGGUGGUUGUGGUCCUCUUCGUGACUCUGCUGGGGCUCAGCCUCUACGGAACCACCAUGGUCCACGACGGACUCUACCUGACAGACAUUGUGCCCCGCGACACCAAGGAGUACGACUUCAUCAAUGCCCAGUUCAAAUACUUCUCUUUCUACAACAUGUACCUGGUGACCAUGGAUGGCUUUGACUACCCCCGAUCCCAGCAUCUCCUCAUCCAGCUGCACAACUCCUUCACCUCGGUCAAGUACGUGGUGAGGGACAGCGACCAGCAGCUGCCCCGGAUGUGGCUGCACUAUUUUCAGGACUGGCUAAGAGGUAAAUGCAGGUUACCUAAAGGAGACCUUGUUUUAUUUCAUUCCAGAAGCCCCAUAGUGAUUCUGCUAUUAGGCCUAAUCAUUUAUGUAUUUGAAAAGGAACUCUGUUUGUGGGUUCUUGCCCUGGGGGUAUAGAUUUUUAGUGAUGUCAGGGUCUUUAGAGUGACAGGUUGGUUUACCUUCAGUGGAAGGACGAGGAUGGGAGGUAAAUAGGAGGUGAGCGAAAGCCUGUGGCGGUCAAAGUUCACCCCCAUCCAGCAAGGCUGGAGGCUAGAUGAUGUAGUAGAAAGGCCAGAGGUUAUCGCCAUCACCUUUUGGCCUCUUCCCUCCGGCUAAAAGGUAUUGGAGGUCCUAGACUAGUCAUGAGGAAGUAUUAAGCUAUGAGGCAAAUCGAGGGUGGGCCGCGGGUAACCAGUCCAAAACAUGAGGAACUGAACUCUUCAAUCGAUUGAGAACUGGAGUGACAUAAAAGCUCUCUCUCUCUCUCCACUCCUCCAAGGCUGUCCCUCCAUGCUAUUUCCUUUCUAGUCAGGUUCUCCCUGUAAUUAGAGAAAGGCUGUGGAAACUGGUUUUUAACUGCUGCCAGACUUUGUCAUUUAGAAAACACGAAAGGCUUUGCUGGUUAGUUUAUUCAGCCCACACACAUAUGAGGAACAGAGAUGCGUGUUUUUGGAUGUGUUUUUGGAUGUGUUUGUGUGUGGUUUUGUAGGAGGUUAAUGUUCAGAACACUCUGUAAAACGUCUUAUUUUAGUUUGAUGAGUCAUUCUAAACGUACCAUCAUGUUUUCACUACUCUAAAGUAUAACUCCUAGUAUAGUGCUCAAAACAUCUCGGCUUAUGUUGUGGCCCUGUCAAUGUGGGAGCUGUAUAAUAUAAUAACCGUGAGAAAGUAGUGGUGGAUCAGAUCGGUCUAACCCUGUGCUCUCCUGUUCUCUCUCCUCUAGGACUGCAGGCUGCCUUCGAUUCAGACUGGGAGGCAGGCAGGAUCACCUGGGAUAACUACCGUAACGGCACCGAGGAUGGUGUUCUGGCCUACAAGCUGCUCAUCCAGACCGGCUCCAAGAAGGACCCCUUCAACUACAACCAGGUGUGUAUAGUCACAGUACCAUGCUCCUACUGCGUUCGAUAGAACUCUGUUUCCCAGGUCGCCCUUGGGAAAAAGGUAUUCUGACCUCAAUGGGACUUCCUGGUUAAAUAAAGGUUAAAUGUAGCUUGAAUAUAUUAGAUGGUAUAGUCCCAGUCCUGCUACUGCGAAUGCUAACCACAGUCCUUCUCUAUAUGUCUACUAGCUGACUUCUCGUCGUCUGGUGGAUGAGGACGGUCUAAUUCACCCGGAGGUCUUCUAUAUCUACCUGACUGUGUGGGUGAGCAACGACCCUCUGGGCUACGCUGCCUCUCAGGGUAACUUCUACCCUCACCCCCGUGAGUGGAUCCACGACAAGUACGAUACCACCGGAGAGAACCUGCGCAGUAAGUUUCCAACUAGGCCUCUCUUUAAAUUCACAUUAAAAUGUACCUUUUUUAAUCAAGUUUCUACCAUGAUCCAAGGUCAUAUGGUCUGUCUUUUGGCUCUUUCCUCCAAUGUAAAGGGAGAGUCAACACUAAUUGUUUGUAAAUAACAAUACUGGUACUUGACUCUGUUAGGAUGUGAAUGUCUAACCUCUCGUGGUGUAUUGCAGUCCCUGCUGCAGAGCCCCUGGAGUUUGCCCAGUUCCCCUUCUACCUGAACGGCCUGAGGCAGGCGUCCGACUUCAUCGAGGGUAUUGAGAGCGUGCGCGCCAUCUGCGAGGAGUUCACCCGUAAAGGCGUGCUCAACUACCCCAACGGGUACCCCUUCCUGUUCUGGGAGCAGUACAUCGGCCUGCGACACUGGUUCCUCCUGGCGGUCAGCGUGGUGCUAGCCUGCACCUUCCUCGUCUGUGCCAUCCUCCUGCUCAACCCCUGGACCGCUGGCAUCAUUGUAAGUCCCAUCAGCUCAUCCCCCCUCUCCUCCUCCUCCUCCUCCUCCUCCUCCUCCUCCUCCUCCCAGGCCUCCCUCCCUCAGCACAGCUCAAUAACCCUGCCACAGAGGGAGUGGAGGCCCCAUCUCUGGGGAGGGCACUUGGUGUGUUGACCAGAGGGUGCUGCUCACACCCCCCAGGCCUUUGUCAUUCUAAUCUGUUCUGGCCGGGUUUAGAAAAGGAAAUGCAAAGGAUCUCUCCUGAAGACUUUACCUCCAGCUCCCUUUGUCAAAAAUUGGGGACAGGACGGAUCUGCCCAGUCGCGACCUUGGCCUGCUAAACCCAUCAAUCAGGCCUGGGGGGAGACAGCCUGUCAACUCAGCGGCUGGGAAACAUUUCACAAAGCCUGGUGGUGAGGGGAGGGUCCCUGGGCCGCCCGCCUGGUCAGACCGCACUGAAGGGUGACUCUCGUGACCGACCAUUGGGGCUUUAGUGGCACAAUUCAGUCAGUGUGGCACAAGUUUCAGUUGGAAUUGGAAUGUAUUUAACUUCUCUAUUAAAGUAGUCAGUCCUACUGAAAGACAGACGGCACAAUCUUCCCAAACACACAGAGAGAGAGUGAGAGAGAGAGAGAGAGGGGGGAGAGGUCCUUUCAGGCCUACAUGUGCACAGUCACAUUGUCUCACUUUAAGCCGGAGCCUCUAUAGUUUCACUGCCUAUAUGUGUCCGUGCAAUAAAACAGGGUUUUAUCAUUUCCAAUUUAACCGUGACCAAAUUGGGACCCCUGCCAACAUCAAAGGUUCACGAGGCUAAGGAUUUUCAAAGUCCUCUCUCUCUAUCUUGUUAAAAAAUAGGGGAAUAUAACCCUGAGAGAGGGAGCAGCCCGGGAGGGUGAGAAAGAGGGCUAGGGAGAGUGGGAGUAGAGCCUGAGUGUAAUUUGAUGUCAUGCAGUUGACAGUGAGAUCCUCCCAAAUGUAGGGUCAAAUAUUCUGUGGGGUAAAACAUAACUCUUACCUAAUAGAAUCAUGGACAUAGGCACUGAAGGUUGUGUGUGCAAGACAUGCUGUGAAAAUGAUAACUUUCUCUCUAUCUCUCUAAGACUUUUACCUACUCUUCAAUGGUUGUGUUUCAUUGUGACUCCAGAGUUUUAGGCAGUGUCUAACCAACCCGUGUUCCUCUCCUCAGGUCUUCAUCCUGGCUAUGAUGACGGUGGAGCUCUUCGGUAUUAUGGGCCUGAUAGGCAUCAAGCUCAGUGCCAUCCCAGUGGUCAUCCUCAUCGCCUCUGUAGGCAUCGGUGUCGAAUUCACCGUCCAUAUCGCACUGGUAAGCAUUUCGCUGCACCUGCGAUAACAUCUGCAAAUAUGUGUACGUGACCAAUAAACAUUGAUUUGAUUUUGGUAAGGAACCUUCCUCCCUCACUCUAUGGACAAACUAGGAGAAAGUCAAUAAAGAAAGAAGUAGAGAUACACUACUACCAUGGAUGGAAUGAUGAUGUCGCCACUAGCCACCACUUUUUUCCCAUGAGUCUGUUCUACUGAACAGCCUGACCCUAACCCUCUGUCUCUAUACUCUCUCUUGUCCCCAGGCCUUUCUGACGGCCGUAGGGAAUAGGAACAGGCGUUCUGCGGUGGCCCUGGAGCACAUGUUUGCCCCUGUGAUUGACGGGGCCAUCUCUACUUUGCUGGGCGUCCUCAUGCUGGCUGGCUCCGAGUUUGACUUCAUCCUGAGGUGAGUGUGAGAGACUCCACUUCUGCCUGGGUAGAUUCCCCCAUUCCCCCCAAUAGCCCAUAUGUUGCCUUACGGAGGAAGUGCUAGUGUUGUGUUUAUGCUGCUGAGGGGUAGGCUGAGGGGGCGGAUGCAUGGAGACAGUUGUCUGUUUCCCCAUGGGUGAGGGAGCCAGGGUGGGUGGGGGACCACAGGGGUGCAUGCAGGUGGGAAUGUGGUCCCUCCCACCUGGUCUUGUCUGUCAUUCCUUCGUGCUGCUGCCUGCCUCCCCCACCGCCCAGCGGCCUAGUGGCCCCACCCUCACAGCACAACAAAUGGAGAAAACAUCAAGGGUGUGGAACAGCUGGUCAUAAACAUGGACAUUAUCUACUACCCACUGGGUGGUGGUAACUCGCACACACCACACAUAUGAGCACACACACAUACAUACAUGCAAACAUGUGCGCAAACAUACACACACACCAUUCUCAUAUGGAAUCUGUCAACUUUCCAGUCAUCCGGCAGAAAGGCACCACAAUUUAAAAAAAGGCCUGGGUUUGAACUGGUCAGUUGUACCCCUACCAGUAGUCACCACCACCACCUCCAACCACCCCCCCACCACCACCACCCUCACCCCCAACCAAGGCCUCUGGCUUCUGUUGGAGGGUUAUUUUUUUGCUGCUAAAAUGCUUCAGUGGAAAAAAGCAAAUAGCAAUGUUUUUCAGCUGAAUCUGGCCUCAGCUGGAACCAAACCACAGCCUUGAGAGCAGACUCAAACAGGCCUUAAACAGGCCCAUGACAUAAAAAUUGCUUACUGAGAAAGCAGGGCAGCACAUUGAAAAUAUAAAUACGUUCAUGGUGGCUUUUUGGCAGAAACGCUCCAAGCAUUCUCAUUCUGUUUGAGUCAAGCGACAUGGAGGAACUGGAAAGGAUAGUUUUUCCACCAAAAAGGGAGAGAAGGAAGAAAAAGAGAGGAGAGGAGGAAGGAACAACAGGGUGGGAAAGAAAGAGGAGUUGGGAAUAGAGAGUUGUUAGGAGGAGGAGGAGGAGGAGGGGGGGUAGGUGGUUCUAGGAGAGUGGUGGAGCUUGGGAGGUUGGUUGGAGAGCUGACUGUGUGUGUUGUGGUGGUGGGCUAGCAGGCAGCAUGAGGAGGGCAUUCACACUAGGAGGUCCUGUUUAGAUGUAGCACAGCAGAGCAGAGCCGUCCCUCUCGCUGGGGAGUAGCAUAAAUACGUUGCUGUAAACAUCUACUGGCAGUGGUACGCUGAAUAAAUAGCCCAGCAAGCUCAGCUGCCCCUAUCCAAAGAAGCCACCCCUUCAAACCUCCGACUCCAAAUGGAAAAGAUUACAGUUUAUAUAAACAACAGAAUUCCUAACACUAUGUCUUCUCUGGAGGUCUAACCCAACCGGGAACUUGGAUAGUUAAGGUUCUCUCUUUUUUUACCCCUUAAAUAAAUCAUGCUCCACUUUCGGAAUGUUAACUUAGUCAAAUAAACAAGUAACUUUUUUUCUUGACUUUUCACGGACGCAGGAUAGUUAUAGUGAGUGGCUGUAUCUAAUGAGUUGAGUUGAACGGUAACUAGAGGUGAACACUGAUGGUUGUUUCUGUUUCAUCUGGUUUUCUACUCUUCCUUAGGGCAUGUGUGUUUUCAUUUGAAACUACUUUCAAGGGCAUAAGAAGUGACCAGUCACAUUUGUGUGUCUUUUUGAAGUGAGGCAUGGUCAUGGUUGAGAAGACUGAACUGAAAUGUUUGGUGAAGUAUUUUGUCAUAACAAGUUAAGUCGACUUCCCAGAGUAAAACAGAGCGGCCUCCAUUGGCCUUGUUAAAGAGACAGACAGAGGGAGAGUGGAAGAGUACAUGAGAAGGAACAAGGGGAGUAUGAGGAGCAGAGAAAAUAAAGGUGUGCUCCAAACCUUAAGAGUGACCUUCCCUUCUGAGGUGUGACACCAACAAAGCCGGAGUGGUAGAGUCAGGCGGGGAUGAAGGAAAGUUCCAGAAUGCUAUUAUCCUUGUUCUUGUUUUUCAUAAUCCUCUCUAUUUUUCAUACCUCUUUAAGUCUGGACCGCAGUUAAAAGAACUGAGCUCUCUGUUUUCUGUUAGUGUUUAAGUGGAGUCCUCUCUAAUUUUCUCAUACACUCUUUCUUGUGGCAACCUCAGCCCAUCCUCAGAGCACAGAGAGGCUCACAGAGACCCAGGCAACCUCACAGCUCUGUGGCCCAUUACAGAGUACCCUUCACCACGCAAUCAUUUAGGGCAGAGCUAGGAACCACAACAGCUCCAUACAACUCCAAGAAAGACAAAGAGAAGGCUCUUAACAGCACUGCGAGCAUCGAAGGAUGUUUUAGUUGGAGCAUGUUGAGAAUCUGAUUUACCCCCUGCCCUUAACACACAAACACAAAACAUUUUCCAGAGCAGCUUCCCAUUCACUCUGGUUCCCUUCAGAUACUAGACAGAGUAUACAGUUUCCUCUCUGUUCUCAUCACAAAGGGACACUGACUGUAUAUACACUACAUGUAUCUCUUACUACCAAUUGUGGCCCACUCCACACACUGACCAACAGUAGUAACGUUCAAUACAAAACAAGAUAGUAGUAGAAGUAGUAGCGCUGAGUGAGACACAUCCACCCAACAGGCCUUUGUGUAUCUCUCUCAUAUAGUGUCUGUGAGGUGUGAUGUGAUGUGGCUGACAUAGGCAGACAGGAAGAGAAGGCAGGAAGAGAAGACAGGAAGAAAGGCAGGAAGAGAAGGCAGGAAGAGAAGGCAGGAAGAGAAGACAGGAAGAGAAGACAGGAAGAGAAGGCAGGAAGAGAAGGCAGGGAGAGAAGACAGGAAGAGAAGGCAGGAAGAGAAGACAGGAAGAGAAGACAGGAAGAGAAGGCAGGAAGAUAAGAAAGGAAGAGCAGGCAGGAAGAGAGGCAGGAGAGAAGACAGGAAGAGAAGGCAGGAAGAGAAGGCAGGAAGAGAAGGCAGGCUCCACUGGCCAGCCCAGUAUAAACACAGAGGUGCCUUGCCCUCGCCACUGUGAAAUUGGAGCUCAAUGACUUCGGAUAUUAAGUUGUUGAAGGGAAAAUUACAUUAGCAGCAGCAGCAGCUCGGAGGCCAGAAGGGGGACACUUCUUCUCCCCUAGCCUGCAGUGAGACAAGGAGGGGAGGGAAGGCCCUGGUGUUUCUGAAGUGUAGGAUCUGCUGGCUAAUGUAAACACAUAUUUUCAGGAAGUGGCAGUGCUGUGGUGAUAGAUGAGGGCUCCCAGACGGAGAAGAUGGAGCCCAGGAAUUUUCUUCCAACUUGUCAAGUUGCCAGUAGUAGAGAGGGACGGACAGAGGGAGAGAGGAGAUGCAGGGGAAGGGGGGAAAUAGAAUGAAAAAGAAGGGGGAAAUGGGGCCCAACAUAGGGCUUGAGAGAGGGUGGUCUGAUUCUACCCCCCCCCCCCCCCCCCAGCUCUGCAGUGUCCUCCCUUCCAGUGUGUCCUCGUGUCGCCUGUUUACUAAUGUGGCUGAGUGCUGGUGGCCCCGCUUAUUCCCAUUCAGAAGGAGCCUUGGUGACUGAAUGUUCUCUCUGUGUUGGUUGUGUUCCAGGUACUUCUUUGCGGUGCUGGCUAUCCUGACUGUGCUGGGGAUCCUGAAUGGACUGGUGCUGCUACCCGUGCUGCUCUCCCUCAUGGGCCCACCCCCGGAGGUCACCCCGUCCGACAACGGCAGCUGCCUGCCCACCCUGUCGCCAGAGUCCCUCCCCCCUCCCAUGACCCACCACGGCUACUACGCGGGACACGGCCCACUCGGCCCCCGACAACAGGCCUUCUCAGAGUCCUCCGAGUCAGAGUACUACUCUGAGACGACUACCACGUCAGGGAUAGGAGAGGAGGAGUACAAGUACUGUGACCGCAGUCCUUACAUCACACCUCCUACUUCCCAUAUACUACUGGAGGCCAGCAAGAACCCCAGCUUCCCCAAGCUCACGGUAUGAAAGCGCUGCUGUAUUAGUUGCUACUUCAUACAUAAUACAGCCCAAAUACAGUAUGAUGUGCAAUACAUUGUUAUUAACAAUGACUAUCAUGAUUCUAAUCAUGCCUGUAAUUGUUGUACUCUUCCAGGUGGUGAAACCGUUCAAAGGGAACCAAUCUGUAACUGCUCAGAAAGAACUUUUAAAUGAAUCUUCUCCGAAUGCGGUGAACUCCGUCAGCUCUCAACUCAUGCAGUGGGAUAACAAACAUGAUUACAAUUCUGACCAGGGACCCAGGAGGCAACAUUUACCCAGUGACAGGACCCACGGUCCUGGGAGGACUAAUCACUGUGGUCCCAGGUCUCAGACACACAAAGGGCCUCAUCAGAACAGGACUAAGAUGCCGGCCUGUAAUGUCGGUAUCAUGCCCAGUAGUGCUGUUACUACCAUGGUUACGGCCACGGCCUCGGUGACUGUGGCGGUGCACCCCAGCUUGCCGGGGGCCUACCAGGGUUACAUGCAUGAGGGCUACGAGGACAGUGAAUCAGACUGUUUUGAGGACACUAAGAGGACUUCACAAUCUUGUGGGAAAGCUCCCCAAUCUUCCAAGCGUGAAUCCUUAGAGCUUCAAGACCUGGAAUCUGUACAGAACCACUAUCAGGCGAACCAGGCACAAGGUGAGUCUAACGCUGGAACUUAAACACACUUUUACAUACUAGAUCAACAUUAGGCUAUAUUAGCAUAUUUUCACAUUAACAUUCGGUACAUAGGCUGUCUGUGAAUAUGUCUCUGUGUGUGCAGUUAUGACUGCUGUUCAACAAUGGUUCUCACUGUUUUCUUUCUUCCUUGCUCUUGUGUUCCAGGUGGCCCAUGGAUCCAGGCAGCCAAAGAUUGCUAGACACCCUGCUACCCCACCCUUCCCCUAUGUCUGGAAUCCUUCUCUGGCUGCCCCUGAUACCCAGCCCUUUCUCUUUGAUCUGUACAUAGACCUCACACAGACAAGAGGAUUUAUUUGUAAAGAUAUUAAAAAAAGUUAUUGUUUUAAGAAUAUAUAAAUGUAUGAGUAUAUAUUUUAAUACUAAAAAGAGGGAAACAACUAUUUAAAAGAGUACUGUAUAACUUGGGUAUUCUCUUGUGUAGAGUCAGAUCUAUAAGAUGAUUGGGGGGUUCCUCCCUUUGUAUAGGUUAAGAAGAUGCUAUAUGUAAAUCAGUUCAGAGUGAGGCGUUAUUAAGAUAUUAGGUUAUUGAAAAUACAAGGUCAGUGUUUGUUUUUUUGCUGCUACACUUCAAAAAAUGUUAAUGUUUUGCCUUGGAAAUAUGCAGUACCCCCCUCCCCCGAUCUAAGUUGAUAAAUAACUUUAGAUGUUCUAGAUGUUCUUACACUGAGGGUGGAGGGUGUCUUAUUGAUUAAGCUCCGUAACAUACACAUACACAAACACACAUACUAUGAUCUAUUCAGAUUAUCCAUUGUUGGCCAUUGAUUGCACUGUACAAAUACAAACAAGCUCAGUAAAUCUUUUUUUCUUCUAACAAUAACAACCAUUGUGCCUUCACAACACCUUCCCUCUUGAAAUUCACAAGCACAGUAUAUAUAUUCAAAGUUGGAUGUAAAUAUGAUAUCUGUCCUGUUUGUUUGAGAGCAUCAUUUCACAGUUUUUAUUUUGCGUUUAGAAUCCCCUGAAAUGUACAAGACGUCUUAAUUUACUGAUGUGAUAUGAUGCAAAGACUAUUAGCAAAACAAUAGAAUAUCCCCGUUUUGGUUUCUUCCAUAAUACACAGGCUGUUCAUCCAGAAUAAUGCCCGUGUUCAGACAGUAAAUUAAUAUAUUAUUAUGUAUUUGUCCAUUUCAAUCACCUGUAGCUCUGUAAUGCUCUGUAUGUCUGUAUGCAGUCAGCAACUUGACUUGGUGUCACUUUGGGUUUGAAGUUUCUUGAGCGUCAUUCAUUGUGUCCCACUGGCAUGUUGCAUUAUGUUUCGUCUCGUUGUUAUUUUGCAGUCUACAUGUUUUAUUACUUGAAGGAGCUAUGAUAAGAGUUGUAUUUCUUUCCUGAGGUUAUCUAAGCUGUACAUUGGGUAAGGCCAACUUGUCAUCCCCCCUUGUCCUCCAACUCAACUGGGGCCUAGGGGGGUAAUAUUUGACUAAUGCUGGAUGUUUACCCAAUUUUAUUCUGAAAGGGAAUUUAUAUCAAAUGCAAAGGGAGGUAUUUGUUUUCUUUAAAUGUUUUGGCUGCUUUAGGUUUGUGGUAGACAUUAUUUCAACCCUGUGCAAUUGUUGACUAGGUAGUGCAUUUUGAGCAGACAACUACUCCAAGACCCACUUACUGUGUCAUGGAGGAAGUCUGUGCUUUAGUGCAGUCUCUCUCUCUCUCUCUCUCUCUCUC